UAGUCACAGUAACAGUUAUGUCGACGAUUUUCAACAAAGGAAGCGUCUACUUCGGCGUUAUUUGGUCGUCAUAUUGCGUCUUGGGCGGUGUCGACUUAUAUGACAAGAGAUAUGGAACCAGUCGCUAUUGGGCUGCUGUGCUGCUUAAUGUUCUCGUGACUUUGGGGUUUCCGCUGAUGCUUUUCAUGACCAUGUUCAGCUUCGAGCUGCCGCUGGACAAUCUGGUCAACUUCAAUAUAUCGCUCACCUCGGCGUCCGCCUCUGUGAAAUUCGUAAUUUUUGUCAUUCGGCUGAAGAAGAUUGUGGAGAUCGAGCAGCGAGUGGCUCAGCUGGACAGGCGUGCGGACACGGAUGAACAACGUUCCUACAAGGCCCAAUUGGCCAGGAAGCUAGUCAUCAUGUCAACUGUGUAUAAAUACAUCUAUGGCUGCGUUGUUGUGACGUCGAGCGUCUCCUUUCUGUUUUGCAAGGAGCGCUCGUUGCCAUUCCCAGCCUGGUUUCCAACGGACUGGACUACUUCGCUGACCAGUUACAUAAUUGCUGUGAGUCACCAGAUUCUCGCAAUAGUCGUUCAAGUGCUGCAGAACUUUGUGGAUGAUCUGUUUCCGCCAAUGAUCUUCCUGAUCAUUGUUGGCCAAUGCGAGCUGCUCAUCCAGCGACUCUCGAGCAUCGGCUAUGACCAAAGUGACCAGCGCGCCAACGAAUGGAAGCUCAUCGAAUGCAUACGCGAUCAUCAAAAGAUUUUUGAACUCCACGAGCUCACCAUGGAGGUCAUCUCGUGGCCCUUGCUGGUGCAGUUCGUUGUGAUCUCCAUCGACGUGGGCACCGCCCUGUGUGCUCUACUAUUUUACGCCGAGAAUAUGAACGAUAAAGUCUACUUCAGCUCGUUUAUUUUCGCCAUGACUAUGCAAAUAUUUCCCAUUUGCUAUUAUGGCACUAUGGUCGAGUAUUCGUUUGGUCGUCUGCACUAUGCCGUCUACAGCAGCAAUUGGGUCGAUCAGAGCAUGUCCUAUCGCAAGAGCGUACUCAUCUUUGUGGAGCGCACUCGACGCUUGCCCAAGCAAAUGGCGGGCAACUUUAUACCGAUUGCUUUAACUACGUUCCUCGCCAACUGCAAGGCGGCCUACUCCUUUUGUACGUUGCUCGCAGAUAGUGGAUCAAAGUAAUCUGAAGAGUGGAUGUAGAGUGGAUUAUAAAACUCAUGCAAGUAAUACAUAGAAAGAAGGAAAACUUUUCUCAAAACUCCCAAGUAGUAAAGCUGAUAUAUAUUUUAAUAGCAUAUAUUCAAAGUUUUUGAAAGCACA